AAAUGUAAAAACAUAACCCAUGCAAUUCAUUGUUUUUCUACGUGUUAUUAGUUUCUUUUGGUGUUAUUUUAUUUAAUUUGUAAUUGGAUAUUUAUGUAGUUAUAGGUACGCCACUUGCCAGCACAAUAAUCAUGCUAAAAUCUUCAAUACAAAGUUCUGAAAGACAAUGCAGCGUGAAUUCGGAAGAAUCUCAACCGCUUUCAGCCCUCGAUGUUACACCCCCAAAGCAAAGAAAGAUACAAAAUUUGGAUCCUCUCGCCUCUUCUUGUCUCUUUAACAGAUUAGAUGUGAGUGAUUCGAAAACUCCUCAAAAAGAAUUUCAAACGGCGCGAAAGGCUUUACAUCUUACUGUUCCAACGGAAAUGCCAGGAAGGAAAAAAGAAUUAGCAGAUUUGUCAGCAUUUAUUAAUAACUGUGUGAGUGAAGGUAAACCAGGAAGUUUGUACAUUAGCGGACCACCAGGCACCGGAAAAACCGCAUCCGUAGCGAUAAUACUUGAAGAACUAACAAAUUGCAAUAUAAGGAAAGUUUGUGUCAACUGCACCGGGAUAAAAUCUCCACGUGCCAUUUACGAGCGAAUAUUCAAAGACCUGCAAAUCAAAGGAAGCUGUAAAACGGAAAAGGAGUACAUAAAUGCAGUGGAACACCACUUUGUUAGGACUACGGAAAUGGUGCUACUAGUGCUUGACGAAAUGGAUCAGCUGUAUAGCAUAAACCAAACAGUUUUGUAUACUAUAUUCGAAUGGCCUGCAAAAGUUAACUGCAAAUUAAUACUGAUAGGGAUUGCCAACGCCUUAGAUAUGGUUGAUCGAAUUUUACCUCGCCUACAAAUGCAUUGCAAAUUAAAGCCAAAGUUGUUGCAUUUUAGUCCUUACACGAAGCAACAAAUAAUCGAAAUAUUAACAGAACGCUUGAGAGAUUCGUCGAGAAUAUUUCCAACGAUUGCUAUCCAGAUGUUGGCGGCAAAAGUGGCAGCGGUCUCUGGGGAUAUUCGUCGCGCUUUGGAUAUAGGUAGGCGAGUUUUAGAAAUAGCCGAACAAGAAGGUAAAAGUGGUGGGAAGGAAAAUUUGCAAGUUGUGGAUGUGAAACAAGUGAUGAGUGUUUUGAAUAACGUGUACGGCACUUCUCAGAAAUUGGACGAUGAUUCUAAUCAAACACUUCCUUUGCAUCAAAGAGUUGUGCUCUGUUCCAUAUUGUUGAUUGUCAAAAAGGCGAGAGAUAAAAAUAUUACGAUCGGGAAAUUGUACGAUGUUUACAAACGAGUGUGUUUAAAAAAAAAUUUAGUGUCCGUGGAUCAAAGUGAAUUUGUGGGAAUAUGUUCUCUUAUAGAAACGCAAGGUAUUAUACAUGUUAUGGGUAAAAAAGAACCGAGGAUGCGAAAAGUGACGUUGCAAUGGGACGAAGAUGAAGUGGAAGCUAUAUUAAGGGAUAAAGAAUUUCUUUGCUCAAUUUUAAUUGACGAUAAGUGUAUAGGGCGCUUGUAAUGUAUGUGGUACUUUAUUUUUAUAUUCGACACGAAACAUCUUUUUAAUAAAUAUUUUAAAUAACUUUAUUAUUAUAA